AUGACAAAAGUUCCCUUUUCAGACUGGAUGACUUGGAUCGAAGCAAUUCCAUAUAUAAUAGUAGCAUUUUUCGCAUUAACAAUAAUGGCGUUGGUGAUCGUGGCCGCACUGAGCAGUCAUUGCGCCGUCACUUGGCGAUGGUUGAAGUACAAGGCUUGCGGUAAACGUUCGCAUGAAAUCGAAGAAUCGCAAAUACCAACGAACAACGCCAAUCAGGCAUCCGUGCAGAUCAGCCAUUCACUUCCCGAUCUUCAGGUCGAGACGAUCCAACCCAUAUUACAGGAGAUCAAGGAGACGGUUACCAAAAAGGUAUUAAGACAAACAACUCUGCCAAUUGUUCCGGACAGAUUGCAAACAUUUCAAAGGCAACUCUCACAUAGAUUGGAUAUACCAAACGAGAUCAAAUUCAGCAUUUGCUCAUUGGAAAGGUCGAACAGUCGAGCCAUCGGAAACAUCAAGCCCGAACUUUACAAAAAGGAUUUGGUUAGACAGGCGUCCAUAGAAAGCAACAAUGGAAAAGAAAUGGAAUACGCUGGAAAAUUGCAUUUCGCCCUUAACUACGACAAGGAAAUGGAAGGAUUGGUUCUGAGGAUUCUGGAGUGCCGCGACUUGCCGAUAAAAGGCAGACAGAACAGCUGCGAUCCGUACGUGAGGGUGCAUUUGCUACCCGACAGGAAAAAGAAGUUCCAAACGAAAGUCAAACGCAAAAACGUCAAUCCGGUAUUCAACGAAAUGUUUAUUUUCAGCGUGACUUAUGAUGAAUUAAGGGAUCGUUGCCUCCAGUUUUCGGUUUACGACUUCGACAGAUUUUCCAGACACGAUUUGAUCGGCCACGUUUUCUACAGAGGACUGAUGGACAUCGCCGAUCUUCACCAGGAAAUCGAAUACACAAUGAAUAUUAUGUGCCCUCCACAGGAUAAAGUAAACUUGGGAGAACUCAUGGUCUCACUUUGCUACCUUCCAAUAGCUGGUAGAUUAACAGUCACAAUAAUCAAAGGACACGGCUUCAAAACUAUGGAUAUCACCGGAAAAUCAGAUCCGUACGUCAAAUUGUACUUGUUAUGUCAGACCAAACGUAUAAAAAAGAAGAGGACAUCGGUGAAAUUCCACACGUUGAAUCCAACGUUUCAUGAAGCUUUCGUUUUCGAUGUUCCCGAAAACAACAUCGAAGACGUGUAUUUAGUUUUAAAAGUUAUGGACUACGACCGAAUCGGCCACGAUGAACCUAUGGGUUACAUUAUGAUCGGUUCAGCUUUCAUCGGCUUGGGCAGAGAUCACUGGUUAGAGAUGCUGGAUAAUCCAAGAACGCCGGUUACUCAAUGGUACAGUCUGUUGGAAACCUUACCCAAUUACAUCCCGCCAUUGAAAGACAGAAAUAUCUGUAACGGUUGUCUAACGACUAGGUGAAAAAAGCCUUUGGUCGCUGAAUGGGUCUGAAAAACUCGGGAUUAAAGGUGUGUUUUGUCCGGCAUUUUUCAAAACUGUCGUCCUUCCAUCUUUUGGCUUUGUUGUUAAUUGUAAACAUGAAUUAUACAUAUCUGAACAAAAAAAACAAAACAAAAAAAAAUAAACUAUUGUAUUGUACUCAUAUAUUAUACCACUGAAUAUAUUUAUAAACUGACUGAUUUAAGAGAAGAAACUAUUUAAAAGUCUGGUAUAUUUAUACAUUGAAUAUAUUUAUUAACGUUA